UACACUCUUAUUCGGUAACAGUCACCAAAAAAAUAAACGUUUCCUAACCCUACCCUCGUCUUUUUGCAGCCAUCGAAGAACAUAGCCUCCACCCAUCCCUGCAUCUCGGACGUCACAGAGGACCGGCGCCGGCGUCGCACCGCACCUCGCACACCGCCGGCGUCUCUCAGUACGUCGCACACUGCCGCCGUCGAGCAUAUCCGUAGCACAGCACACCUAAUCUUCUGAAAUCGCUACGAAGCCUUAAAAUUUAAGAGAAUGGACAUAAUAUCGCAAUUACAAGAACAGGUAAACACCAUCGCAGCAAUCGCCUUCAAUACAUUCGGGACAUUGCAAAGAGACGCACCUCCUGUUCGUCUCUCUCCGAAUUAUCCGGAGCCUCCUGCACCUGCUGCCGGUGCCAGUGCCGCCACCGCCACCGCUGCACCGCCCACUGCUACUAACACUGUGGCUGCUAAUCCCACCACCGAAGAAUCUCCCAGUAAUAAUAUCGCCGAACAACCUAAGCUUCUGAGCGCUGAACUUGUCAAAGCUGCUAAACAGUUUGAUGCAUUGGUAGCUGCUCUUCCCUUGUCAGAAGGGGGUGAGGAAGCUCAGCUGACAAGAAUUGAACAACUCCAGGCUGAAAAUGACCUUGUUGGCCAAGAACUUCAAAAGCAACUUGAGGCUGCAGAGAAGGAAUUGAAACAAGUGCAGGAAUUGUUCAAUGAAGCUGCAGAUAACUGUCUCAACUUAAAGAAACCCGACUGACUAAAUAUAAUUAUUAUUAUUAUUAUUGCAUUUUGCAUUUUGCACUACUAGUGAUGUAGUAGUAACAGUGUCUGUACGGAUGAUUAAUUGGUAAAAAAAGCUGUGUAAUUCACUAACCUAUCAAUAUUAGAAAUGUUUAACCUGGUUUGGGUUGUUAAGCUCA